GGCCACGCCCCCUCGCGGCUUGACUCCGCGGGGCUGUCCAGGCUCGCAAGCUUUGCCGGCCGGUUGGUGGUCGGUCUCGUGCAGGCAGUAGGCAGACCCGGCAGGCCGGUGAAAAUGAUCCUCUGCCCCCCGAGUACGGAGCAUCCCCGCGGAAAGCAGUGCCAGAGGCUGCAGGUGGCAAAGAUGAACACCAGCGACAAAGAGCGGACCCCGCAGCUGCUCUUUGUGAAAGCCUUGGCAAGCAGGGGCCGCCUGGAGGCCAUCACGCAGCAGAUGGGCUACCACCCGCAGUACCUGGACAGUUUCCUCCGGAUGCAACAUUACCUGCUGCACAUGGACGGCCCCCUGCCCUUCGACUGCCGCCACUACAUCGCCAUCAUGGCAGCUGCUCGGCACCGGUGCCGAUACUUGGUGAACCUCCACGUGCUGCAGUUCCUGCGGGUGGGAGGAGACCCCCAGUGGCUGAGGGGGCUGGAUUGCAUCCCCCCCAAACUCCGCAAGCUCAGUGAGAUCAACAAGAUCCUAGCACACCGGCCGUGGCUUGUGGGCAAGGAGCACAUAGAGAAGCUGCUGAAGAUCAGUGAGCAGAGCUGGUCCCUGGCCGAGCUGGUCCACGCGGUUGUCCUCCUCGCCCACUACCACGCGCUGGCCAGCUUUGCUUUUGGCUGCGGCUGCGAACAGGAUGCAUGUCCAGACGGACGGAGCUUGCUGAAUCUGGCCCUUCCGGGGAGCUUGUGUUUCUGUGAAGUGGGCAACGGUUGCAGCCAGGAGCUGCUGCAUCUCAACCGCAAGCGGUCCUUGGAUUCCUGUGUGGAGCUGGAGUCACUCCGAGAACGCAUUCACAGGCUGCAGGUGGAGAGCGAAGCCCGGGAGGAGAUGAGGCUGCCUGAUAGGGAUGAAGGUCUUGAUGGGGAAAUCUCUGGCACUGCUGAUCUCUCCCGCUAUGUUCAGGACCCCAACUUUGGGUACCAGGACUUUGCCCAGUGCGAUGAGGACCAGCGGCAAGUUUUCUGUGUGCAGGACUACUCCUGGGAGGACCAUGGCUUCUCGCUGGUGAACAGGCUGUACUGUGACAUCGGGCACCUGCUCGACGAGAAGUUCCGGAAGGUCGACGGGCUCCAGAGCUGUGCCAUGGCCACGCGGCAGGGCUGCGAACACGCCACCUUUAAGCGGGGCAUCUGGAAUUAUAUACACUGCAUGUUCGGCAUCAGGUACGAUGACUAUGACUACGCAGAGGUGAACCACCUCCUGGAACGGAUACUCAAGCUCUACAUAAAAACGGUGACCUGCUCCCCAGAGAAGAUGAAUCCGGAGGUGUUUGAGCGCUUCUGGAAGCAGUUCAAGCACAGUGAAAAGGUCCACGUCAAUCUUCUCAUCCUGGAAGCCCGUCUGCAGGCCGAGCUGCUCUAUGCUCUCCGUGCCAUCACUCACUACAUGGUCUCCUAGAGGGCUGCUGGUGGAACCCUUCGGACUGGGACUUGUGCACCACGGCAUUCACCCACCACAUUUUACUUGACAACUUUCCUUUCCCCUCUGGGACGCGAGGACCUCUCCCCUCCCCCUUGCUCCCGUCUUCACGUGCAAUGACUGAACUGUGGGUCUGGAGAAGGUAUCGUCCCGGUGGCUCUGUGCACUUGGCUGCUGUCUCUGCCCCUUCCGUGGGCAGGCUGUCUGUGUCUGUAGAGGGAGUGGCGUGUGUGUGUGUGUGGGGGGGCGUGUGUGUGGGUGGGGGGAGGUUUCUCGCCAGUUCCUUCAGCCUCGAUCAGGUGGCAGCAGCUCCGCCGAGUCGCCCGUCCAUUGCAGUAUUAGUGGGGCCUCUUCCUGCCCGGUGCCAUUUCUGCCACUCUUCGUGCCAACUUGACCCACAUUGGGAAGGGCUCUGCCUGGUCUCUGAUGCUCUCAGCUGUGGGUUCGGGGCGGGGAGGGGUGUUUGUUUUAAAGUCUGGCUUCUUCAAAGGUACUCCCUGGGUUUACUGAGAGGAAUUGCAUCCUCACUGGGCCUCAUUUUGGCUUUGCACUAGAGCAGGGGGAGAGGGUUUGCAGCACCCUUACCCCCGCUGCUGCUGCUGCCGCCGCCACCUCUGCUGCCAGAGAGACUAGUCCAGCCCAUCAUUCUUUCUCCAGAACUGUCGGAGGCCAAGCUUCUUCCCACCUCGACCCAUCAGCAAGUCUUCCUAAACUCUUCUCCCUUGUGGCUGUUUCCCCCCCCCCGCCCCCAUCCUCUUAUACCCAAAGUUGCAACCCGUCGAAGCUCUGUGACCCUCUCCCACCCAAGUCAGACUGUCCUGCAGAGCAGGGCCACUGCUCUCUCCAGCUCCUUCUGGUUUUGAGAGCUGCAGUUGGAGAACUGCCCGGCUGGGUUUCCUCUUUGUGUCCUCUACACUUUCUCUAGCCAGCGGAGGGGACUUCUGGUGGUGGUCUUGUGUGUGUGCAACUCCCCACCCCCCUGCUUCUGUGUGCGUGGGGGAUGCAUUCUGAGGAUGUGAGCUGUUUCUGGGAGCAAUCCAGAAUCUUAUUCCAGUAAUCUGUGCUGUUAUGAGGAGCCCUCUGCCAGUGGAGACAGUAGGGAGAGUUUGAAUGCUGGCCAGUGGAACUCCCAACCCCAUGGACCAUUCCCCUUGCUGGCUUGCUACAGCAGUGACCCCCCUUCUUAUGGGCAGCUGUGCAUACUCCUACAGGACUUGCCUUUCUUGGAGGGCUGGGGGCCACGGUGGUAGAGAGACGAGAGAGCAGCUCUUCGGCAACGGAGGACAGAGGAGGCGGGGAGCCAGUUCAGCACACGGGUGGCAGCUGACCUGUUUACUGUGUAAAUGUUUUUUGAGGGGCAGAACAUUGUGUGGGGGAAGAGAGUAAAAGCCUAUUUUUGCUAUAAAUAUAAUUGUUUGACACGGAA